AUGAAGUCCCAGAACCUGCUGGCUUUUGUCAGUACAAUCGCCUCAGUAGCGGGAAUCGCCGCUCCGAGUCCUGAUACCAGCAGUACACCAGAGACGAGCAACCACGGCACCAUCAUCAGCCAUAAUGCGCCUGAUGCCCUGUGGACUGACUACGGGCUUAAUAUAUCGGCGGAAUACAAGUACUUCCAGGAGCCAGGGAACGAUGAAAUCCAUGCUCACUAUGACUCGCGAUUUUUCAAAGAACCCGUACCGAAAGAGCAGCGUUCGCAAACGCUGACCCAUAUAAUCCACUCAUAUUUCGAGUACUUCAAAGACAACGAGCUGGAAACCUGGAUUGCGCACGGGACGCUGCUCGGCUGGUGGUGGAACGGCAAGAUAAUGCCCUGGGACUGGGAUAUCGAUACCCAGGUUUCGGAAGCAACCCUUUUUCGCCUUGCCGACGAAUUCAAUAACACCGUUGUCAAAUAUAACUCGUCCAACUCUGACGUCCAACACUCCUACCUCCUCGACGUGAAUCCAUGGGCACGGCAACGUGCUCACCACAAGGGGCUAAACAUCAUCGAUGCGCGGUGGAUUGACAUGCAGACUGGGCUUUACAUUGAUAUCACGGGACUCAGCCGGCUAGACGAAGAAAAGCCGAACGAAUGGGGUUGUAAAAACAACCACAACUACACAAUUUCCGAUAUAUACCCACUUCGUGUCACCACGUUUGAAGGCGUGGAGGCUAAAGUGCCCUUCCGCUACGAGUCCGUCUUGAUAGACGAAUACAACGACAAGGCGUUGACCGAGACGCAUUAUAACCAGUAA